AUGAAUUCACCUAAUGUAAAUAGUUUUCAUUAUGGAGAUAUUUCAACUGACGAAGAUGAGGAAGAUAAUAUAGAAAUUGAAGAUGUUUUACUUCUUUCUGAUAAUAUUAAUUCAUACCACUAUGGAAUCAAUGAUUCUACAUCAGAGAACUUUAUUUAUCAACCUGAGGGCAAAGAUGUAUGCAGUUUUCAUGAUGAUACAAUGGAUAUAAAUACUAAUGAUUCCAAUGAUGAUAUUUCUUUAAACAAUAUGAAAAGAAGGAGUAGUGAAAAGGGAAAAAGUCUUAUUCAAAACAAUGAAAGAAAACUAGAAAUUCAAGCAAAUACAAACUCUUCAAUUUAUGAACUAGAUCUUGUUGAUUAUUUAUUUUUAGACAAAAAAUUAAAUCCUUUUUUAGAGUCACUUAAUUUAGAAAAAAUUGAUUGUGUUAGUCUUGAAAGAUGUCUUGAAUAUCUUGAAAGAUGUGAUUUUAUAGAAAGGACUCUUCUUGAUUUGCAAAAUAUUUCUAAUCUUUCUAUAACUUCAGAUUUAGAAUGUAGUAUUUGUUGUGUUAAAGAUGAUGAUGAUUUUAAUCAAAUUAUUGUUUGUGAAAUUUGUGGUACAGCAGUCCAUCAAGAUUGUUAUGGUAUUUCUCCAUUACCUUCCAGAAAAUGGUUUUGUGAAAAAUGUGAAAACAAUCCAAUAGCUUCUAGGAAAUGUGUAUUUUGUCCCUAUAAAGGUGGUGCAAUGAAACAAACAACAUGUGGUAGGUGGGCUCAUGUUAUUUGUACAAUGUGGUUAGGUGAAGUUUAUUUUAAAGAUCCUGAUAUUAUGAAAAAUAUAAGUGGAGUAGAUAGGUGUUUAAGGGAUCGUAGAACUUUAUUAUGUUUUAUAUGUAAAAAAAAAUAUGGAGCUUGUACUCAAUGUUCUAGUCCAAGUUGUGCUUUAGCAUACCAUGCAACAUGUGCUGCUUUUGCUGGACUGUAUAUAAAAGUUGAUGAAACGGGUGAUGACAUUAAAAGAAUAUCAUAUUGUGUUAAACACACAAAUAGAAAUAUAGAUAGCGAUAAUCGAAUUAGUGAAGACUUGACAGAAUUAUAUAAAAAAGUUGAAUUUCAAUAUGAAGAAUGGGAAAAAAAAUAUUCUGAAAUUGUAAAAGAUUUUUCAAUUAAACGAACUCCUAGAAUAAGACAUCAUCAUAUAAAAACUUUAUCAAUAAUAUAUGGAAAAGAAGUUGUAAAUAGUAUAAUAGAGUACUGGGCAGCAAAACGAGCCUAUAAUCAUGAUACAUCAUUACUAAAAUAUCGCAGCUGUAUUCCAAUGCCUAAAGGUUUUAGUAAAAAUUCAACAAAAUUUGAGCAAAUGGAAACUUUGAAAAAAUUAGAAAAGGACAAAGAAAUUCUUGAAGGUAUUCAAAAGUUAUUACUAGAUAUUCAAGCACGUGAAGAUGCUAAAAGUUUAAUAGCUGAUAAUUGGAUUUAUGAAUUGGAAGAAUUUUGUAAAACUAAAUUUAUUACAAUUCGUCAAUGUUUUGAUGAAGUUAUGAAAUAUGACGAUAAAAAUUUAUUAUAUAAAUGUUUUAAGGAGAAAAAUUUUCAGUUUAGGACAAAUUUUGAACAAAUUGAAAAUACAGUUUAUGAAAAUGGCUAUAAUAGCAUUGAACAAAUGUGGGAAGAUUUCAAUGCCUGUUUAGAGUUAGUUAAAAAUACCUGCGAAGAAGGUACUUAUCUUUAUAUAUAUAUAGAAAAAAUUCAUAUGGAAGGUGAAAGAGUUACUGAACGAUGUAAAAAUAAGCAACAUGAUUCAAAAUUUGUUGAAAGAAAUCUCAGAACAAAUCAAAAACGUUUAAAACAAUUUAUUAGUACCAUGAAAAAUGUUGUUGUAGAUGAAGAUUUGAAAAAUAAAUUAGAAAAUGAUGAUAAAAUAAAAUGCUGUAAAUCAACUGUUACACCUUCAACUUCAUUAUCUUUUUUAAAUUAUCGCAAUUAUCAAAAUAAUACUUUUUUAGGUAGCGAAAAGGUUAAUAAUAUUUUAGAUUACGGUGAAAAUUUACCUGCCCCUGUUUCUUCAAUUUUCACCUGCCCAUUUGAGCAUGAAGAAAUUGUAUUGGAUAAAGUAAAUAAUGUUAUGUGUCAAGUUAUUGAUCUCAGAUAUCGUUAUUGUAUGAACGAUGUUCAGAAUAUAUGUCAAAUAGCUGAAGAGGUAAAACCACAAAAUAUGGUUAUAUCUGGUUAUGUUUUUGUAAAAACAUUUACUCACAUUCCAGAAUAUCGUUGGGUUCAACGUGAAAACUUAAAACGAUCAUUUGAUAUUAUAUCUGGUGAAGAGAAUGCCUCUGAUAGUUUAAAAGAAUCAAUGGCUUUAGCAAGAGAGUGUUUCGUUAGAGAAUCAAGUAAAAUAUCAUAA